CCCCACUCGCCUCUGAUUGGUUGAACUGAUUGAACUCAACGCGAGGCGUUUGUUUUGAAAAUGGUCAGUUCGGUUCAUCCUCUUCAGAGCGCAGAAAAACAAACCGUGAAAGCAUUGAAGGCAACUGAAGGAAUGUUGGAGGAGCCAGUCAAAGUUGCUGUCAGGUUGCGACCACCAUUCCCAGAACAGGACCAUGAAUUUAUGAGCCCCAUUGAGGUGGUGCCCGAAAACUCACAACUCAUCGUGGCCGGUGAACAUGGUUUCACCUUUGAUUAUGUGUUUGAUGCAAGCACCUCUCAAGAAGAGCUGUACACACGAUGUGUUGCAGACCUUAUUGGCAAGGUCACCACUGGCUGCAACUGCUGUGUCCUGAUGUACGGCCAGACGGGCUCCGGGAAGACGUACACCAUGGGCACCAAUUACGGUCAGAGUGAAGUGCCAGCGGCCAAUGAGGGCAUCAUUCCACGGGCUCUGCGGGACCUGUUUGACUGUCUGACAAGACUGCAAGAUGGUUGCUGGACGACAAAGGUGUCUUUUUUGGAAAUCUACAAUGAGAACGUCUUUGACUUGCUGGCAAGUCCAAAGGAGAGGGAGGCCAUCCCCAUCCGGGAAGUGGGCAAAGUCCUUGUGCUGAAAGGCCUGGUGCACCAGGCUGUGGAGAGUCCCGAGGAGGCCCUGAGGUGUUUGGAGCAAGGCUGCCGCAACAGGAGCACAGGUGCCACUCUGCUCAACAGCUGCUCAAGCCGCUCACAUGCAAUCUUCACCAUUCACCUGCAGGGACAGGUAGAAGGGGCAAUGUACACAUCGAAGCUCCAGCUGGUCGACUUGGCUGGCUCGGAGGGCAUUGGAAAGACACUGAGCGUAGGAGACCGGAGGAAAGAAGGUGUCUCCAUCAACCUUGGCCUUCUUGCUCUGGGCAAUGUCAUCAACUCGCUGUGCUCACACAAUGGGAAGCCACAAUUCAUUUCUUACAGGGACUCUUCGCUGACACGGCUCCUGAGAGAUUCGCUAAACGGUGACAGUGUCACGGUGAUGAUUGCCUGCAUUAGUCCGGCUAUCUGCGACAUCCCGGAAACAAACAACACCCUCCGCUACGCAGACAGGGCUCGACAGAUCAAGACAAAGCCUGUAAUCAAGAGGGUCAACACAGAGAGCACUCCGUAUCGCCGGCACCUGGAUUUCCCGCCACCCUUUGCACCUUCCCACCGGCAGGCGACUCUUCAGACGCCUCUACGUACUCCCUUGCGUACCAAGGUAGCUGGGAGUUCCGUGAAACGAAAACCUAACGUGGCAGCUGUGCAGCUAGAGAGCACACGAAUAGACACGCCCACAGAGGACGACAGUUUGGUUUCGUCCGACGCCUCCUUCGCAACAGCAAAAGGCUUGUCGCCUGUGCGCGAGUGUCCAACUCUGGCCUUGACGCCACUUGUGGAAAGACUUUGCCAACGGCUCGGGCCAUCGCUGCGCCAGGACAUCCAGAAGAAGAUGGACAGCUUCAUGGCUCAGUCGUUUUUGGAGACCACAUCCGCCACUGUUAGGGAGCGCACAUUGACUGAGGAGCAACAGGCACUGGUGGACACACUGGACACCACACUGCAGGAGCGGAAGCGCAAGACUAUGGACCACACACCCCUGCAAGACACAACAAAUACACCGACGACAGUAAAAAAAAGGAAGCUUUCCGGGUCUGGCUCCAAAGCCCGAAGAUGCUCAUGGAAAUCGUCACCCGAGCUCCAAAAACCAAAUCUUCGAAAGAGCCCUCAGUCGCAGAAGGAAAACGACUCCGUGCUUCGUGGGGCAUCUCUUGACCAUGUGGUGGGAGAAAUGACCGCCCGUGUGUCAGAUGUUCACAACAAGGGGUCCCCAGUGGCCACUGAAGCCAUGACGCCGCGGCGGAGAAACUCUGUCUUUGUGGUACCAAAGACGCCACAGUCUUGCAUUGCCUCCCGGACACGGCGUAGGACGACCGUGUUCAAUCAGAGACCUGCAGACGUAUUGACGCCUGCACCAAAAGUGGCCACCAGAAAGAGUACUUGCCGUACAUGUCGCAAGAAACCGACAGCAUCGGGACCUAUGUCUACUCCCAGAAGUGCGCAAACUGCACACAACAAGACCGUACUGAAGCUCCUCAACUCAGCUUCCGAGAAGGACCUCCAGUUGCUGGCUAAAGUUGGUCCCAAGAGGGCACGAAUGCUGCACUUGCACAGGAGCCUGCGUGGUCCGUUUGAGACCUUUGAGGACUUGCGAAAAGUUGAGGGCCUUGGAGGAGAAAAUUUCUUCAGUGCUUUCAUGUCGGCAAACAUCUUAACAUAAUCUGAAAGCCUUCAUGACAAUUUUUUUUUAAAUAUUUUAGUCUGUCCAGUUUUUCCAUGUUUUUAAGACUAGCUUUACAUGAUAGCUCUACAUGCAGACAAAAGCCUUCCUGACGGUUUUUUUUAAAUAUUUUAGUGUGUUCAGUUUUUCCAUGUUUUUAAGACUGCUAUCUUUAUGUGAUAGCUCUACAUGCAGACAAAAGCCUUCCUGACGGUUUUUUUAAAAUAUUUUAGUGUGUUCAGUUUUGCCAUGUUUUUAAGACUGCUAUCUUUAUAUGUUAGCUCUACACGCAGACAAUGCAUAAAGGGCGAGCUUUUUUAUGAUAUAUGACACGCCGAUGUGCAGCUUCAUAUAUAUACGAAAAAGGAAAAUGAAUGCUAGAACGUGUAUAAAUGUUAAGUCCAUUUGAAGCACAAAGACUUGGACCAAAAUGUACUUCAAGUUGGAGUAAGCUAUUUGCACCCUGAAGGGGUCCUGCAACACUGUUUGGAUACGUGUAGUCAGAAAAUGCUGCCAAUCUGUAGUCAAGGGCCCUUGCAAACAUGUGAGCCAAGAGAGUGCUACCGCACUGCAUGCAGGAGUUUACUAUGUCAUGUAAAAAACAACCAAUAGUCGCUUGUUCUAUCUUCAGUGAGGACAUUAUAAACAGUGCUGCCUGUGGGUGCAACUGGUAUUCACUGAAACCCUAACAAUUAUGUAUUAUCUUUUGUGUUCUUAGUGACUAAUGGAGAGAGACAGCGGUCAUUCUGUGUGAUGACUCUGCUUACACUUUGACAAAUUGGAAUUGGCAGCUAGAGAUUCGUGCAAUAGUAAGGUCAUCUUGUAACUUAUAAGGAUGUUGCAAGGCCCCUUUUUAGGAAAGCUGGAUGGUAAGGCGUCAAGUUUUACCGAGCCACAUUUCUUGUCAUUCAUACAUUGAAAAAAAAAAAAAAAGGAAGAUACAGUAGACUCUCAGUAAACGGAAAUCUGUUAAACGGAACUGCUGCUUAAAUGGAACAACUGCAUCUAAUAUAAUUGGUUUCGUACUUGGAUUCUGCACUCCUUUUCAUCUCUCAGUAAACGGAACUCCUGGUAAAUGAAACACAUUUUUCUGGUCUCUUCAGGUUCCGUUUAACGAGAGUCUACUGUAGAAGCAAGAAAAUGUAAGACAAUACAAAUUGUGUAAUUUCUUUGUUUUACUUUGUUACUUGGGCCCGCUGCUCUCUUGUGGUUGUACAUAUUUCCGGGUGCCAGAGUUUAUUAUUCAUAAGCAUGCCAGUAGACCAACCAAAGGCCACUUUUUAUUAGCCUUUUUGGCUGCAUCUCUUUCGUCCUUGCUUUUCUUUUUUUUUAUAUGUACUUAAUGCAAAACUUUUUGCUACCCUGAUGAAUUAAUCAUUCACACUUCUGAUUGUUUACAUUCAUAUUUGCGUUGGCACUUGCAUGCUGGCUGUAGUUAGAUGGAAAGACCGUAUUUUAUGUGCUUUUCGCUGCGUCUCAUCAGAACCUUUCUUCUGUGUUUUGCAUAUUUAUGACAUUUUAUAUGCCUUACGUUAAAAUUUUGUAACUUGUAUAUACGUAUUCAUCUGUCGUAUAAUAUUCAUUGUUUGAAAACCAUAUGUGUGCGCUGAUGUGUCAUUGACGGCUGAAUGGCUGAGACUUGUAUGUAACGAAUUACGUGCAAAUGAUCCUGCAGUGUCUGUAUAUCAAAAAUAUGGGCCACGCCCAUGGCUGUGCAUGGUUGCCCUGAACUAAGUGGAAAGCGGACUGCUCAACCACUGCCCCUUUUCUAUGGGUACCUACCUGUGUCCAAGUGUACCAAAGUGUGUUUUUUUAUGUAAAAUUCCAAGGCCUGAGACACUAAUGGAAAUUGGUGUCCCUGCAUAUGCUCUAUGGGACGCUAGUGAAAAUAAGCUUUAUUUUUAAUAAAAAGAAUUCUAAUUUUAAAA